AUGGAACGCUAUCUGAAGCAACAACCUGCUUUUAAUGGACUCCAACGCGAGGUCGAAGUAUUGUCACCUCCUACCAUUGUUGGUCAUACGGAUCCUUCCGGUCAAAUUAGAGGCUAUGCAUUGGAAAUGGACAUGUUCCGUGCCACUGGCUAUUCGAUUGAAUCAGAGACAUCAGAGAAAUCGACGAACUUUUGGCAAUUUGCAGCACUCGUGGUCUCUCCAAUUGGUAAACGCUUUGGAAUAGUCGCGCGCUUUCCAUUUGACGCAACACUGAAAGCUGAAGCUCCAUACGCUGUUGGAGCACUGGAGGAAGCUGGUGUUGACGUACGCAUCAUUACUGGGGACGAUGUGCUCACAGAGAUUCACGUUGUGCGCAAAACCAAUAUGGGCAUGCACUCGUCUGUUCUUCUGAGUGAUGCGCACACACAACAGGACAGAAUGGUUGUAGUUUACGCAGAUGUUGAUGAGUUGGCUCAAAGCACUCGAGACAACGCGACUCAAAACAUUUCAAGCGAAACUUGGAACACUGUCGAUAGACACUUGUUUCUCUCUCUUGCUGAAGGUUGUUUACUCGCUCUGACUGGUGCUGCAAUUGAGCAUUUUGGUCGAAAAUGA